AUGAUCUUUGAUUCAAAGCUUGAGCUCCCCCCAGUUCCUAAUUCCGACGUAUUCAAUUACGUCUUUCGCCAUGGCCGCAGAGAAUACCCAUCUAGCCGUGUGCUGUAUCGUGUUGAUGGAAAAGGAGACACCCUGACUUUAGGAGACCUGGAAAAGAAAAGCAAGCAAUUUGCGCACGCUCUCCGCACGGAGUACGAUAUCAGGCCUGGUGAUGUUGUGAGCAUCCUGGCCAAGGACCGGAUCGAGUAUCCAAUAGCAUAUUAUGGAGCCAUAGCUAGCGGUGCAACUAUUGCAUUGAUUCCAAUUCAAAAGGAAAUGUCAGAAACAGAUGUGGCAGCCAGGCUUGAGCAGGCGAAGGCCAAACUUCUGAUCACGGACUCAGAGGUUUUAUUCCUGGCCGAGGUGGCAUCCGUGUUGGCCGGCGUCAUUCCUCUGAUGACAAUGGACGCAAAUAAGAAUGGAUGGACAUGCAUGGAGGAUCUAAUUAAGAUCGGGGACCCAAAUGCAAACGUCUUUGAGAUCAAUACCGAGAAGGAGGCAGAUGAACACGAAGCGUUCAUCAACAGAACUAGUGGGUCCACCGGGACUAUGAAGUCGGUUAUCACAAGCGAUGCUCACUUCAUUGCCACAAUGGAAGCUACAAAGAGGACGAUUCCUGAUAACACGGACCCUGAUAAUGACGUCUGGCUGUCUCCUCUAUCCCUUGGGUUCUUCAUUAAUGCCAAGUUGAUGAUGGGCUUGAACAUCAUGUUGGGUAUCCCGGUGGUUCUCGCAGAAGGUACCCUUGAUGAAUCUAACAUUGGAGUCGUUGAGCGUCAUGGGAUAACCUUCCUUUUCAUCACGCCUCCACUUGCUGCUAGGCUAGCUCGGUGUGAUGUUAGCAACGUCGAUGUGAGUAGUGUGAAGUGGAUGUUGACCGCGGGAGCACCCAUUCACGAAAACUUGCGCCGUACAGUUUCCAAAAAUUUCGGAGGUGUACAUUUAACUCUAGAAUGGGCAACAUCCGAGACCAUGCUUCUUGCUAUCCAGUUGGACGAGUCGACCAAAAAAACCGGGUCAAGUGGUACGUUAGUAAAUGGAAUCCAGGCUAAGGUUAUCAACACAACGACUGGGGCAGAAUGCGGUAUGGGAGAAGAAGGAGAAAUUCUUGUCCGCAACAAGCUCGCAAGAUACAAGGGGUAUAAGGACAACGAGGCCGCAAACCAAGACUUUGAUAGUGAGGGUUGGUUCCAUACCAAAGAUUACGGCUAUAUCGACGAGAACUGUAAUGUUUACAUCAUCGACCGUAUCAAGGAGCUCCUGAAGGUUGGCGAAGGCUAUGGAUCUCACGUUUCUGCCAGUGAGCUUGAAUCAGUGAUCUUUGAACAUCCAGCUGUUGCCAGUGUCGUGGUAGUUGGUACUCGGAACUACGACACGCAGAUGGACGAGCCAUCUGCCUUCGUCAUUCUAAAGCCCGAAUAUGCCAAUAACAGCAAGGUGGCAAAGACAAGAGUUGAGAAGUUUGCAGCCGAAAGAUUGACCGGUCUGAGACGACUCACAGGAGGCAUUCACUGGCUUUCGAGCUACCCAACGACUGGCUUCAAGGUUGACCGCAAAAAACUGAAGGCCAUGGUUCCCGAGAAGAAAAAGCCAAUGGCGACUGGCCUUUUUGUGCCCCCGGUUUUGGCUAACUAG